CAUUUCAGGAAGUCAAGCGGGGUGAGGGGCGGGGUUUCGUUUGAACUCCGCCCACACCUCCUGGUUGUCAUAGUAAUACUGAGGGCGCUGAAGUUGUCUUGUCUCUCUAGACUCUAAACGCUGACAUGCAGUACACCGGGAGCCAAUAUAUCGGGUCGUACACAAACGGGAGGAUGGAGGGCAAUGCGGAGUACAUCCUCCCUACUGAAACGCGGUAUGUUGGGGACAUGAAGGACGGCAUGUUCCAUGGAGAAGGAACCCUGUUCUUUCCCAGUGGGAGCCGAUUCGACGCCACCUGGGAGAAAGGAUUGGCGGUGAAGGGCAAGUAUACCUUUGCUGAUGGGCUGCAGUAUGAGGACAGACACUGGCACUACUGUGACAGUUAUGACCGGAGAUUCCACACCGAGAUCUGCUAUGGCCUGAAGCCCUCAGGCAUCUCUCAGCUCACCAACAUGGACCCACCUAGGAAAAUCCCCGUUGGCUGCUAUGACUGUGGCGAUGGCUUCUACGACCCCAAAACCAGAGUCAUCAAGGAUUACCGGAACCGCUUUCUGAGAAAUGCAGAUGAUGACGAACAUGAAUGGAUCGUCAGGACCUGCCGCAAGGGCUGGGCAGAGAACCCCGCACAGAAACCCACGCUGUGAAUGCCUCAGCCUCAGCUGCUUCACCAGAGAUCCCCUCUGCCCACAUACAGGCUGCUGUUCUAGCUUCGGCUCAAGUUUCAGAAUAAAGGUUUCCUGCACUGCA